AUGGCUAACGUCAAAACAGAUAUAGAGAUCUUAAAAGAGGACGAAAUUAAGAACUACUGUGAAGACUUGAAGCGCAAGAGAUUAGACGAGUUCAUGGAGGGUUUCAAUACUAUUUCGUUAUCGUUGAAAGAAAUGUACCAAAUGAUCACUAUGGGUGGUAAUGCCGAAUUAGAGUUAGUUGAUAGUUUGGAUCCUUUUUCCGAAGGUAUUUUGUUUAGCGUUAUGCCACCAAAAAAGUCUUGGAGAAAUAUUAGCAAUUUGAGUGGUGGUGAGAAGACCUUGAGUUCAUUAGCAUUGGUUUUUGCAUUACACAAGUAUAAACCAACCCCAUUAUAUGUCAUGGAUGAAAUCGAUGCAGCGUUGGAUUUUAGGAAUGUGAGUAUCGUGGCAAAUUACAUUAAAGAAAGAACCAAGAAUGGUCAGUUUAUUGUUAUUUCUUUAAGAAAUAAUAUGUUCGAAUUAGCCAAGCAAUUGGUAGGAAUUUACAAAGUCAACAAUAUGACCAAAAGUAUUUCCUUGCAAAACAAAGAAUUCUUAAAUUGAAUCAAAUCGAAAUGUAUAAUAUAUGUAUUGUAUAAUAAAAUGAAAUACUAUAAUUUAUAAGGAACUUCGACCCUUGUAGCAAACCCAGGAUCACUGUUCCGUUUCAAAUCAAAGUUGUGGUCAAACCAGUCCAUCAAAUCAACUAAAUUGUUAAUGAAGUUCAUUUCUUUCAACUUAGCAUUAGUUAAAAUUUGGUGCAACAUCUCUGAUAAAUGGUGUUGAAUGAUUCUAAACGGUAGUCCAUAAGACAUAGAGUAGUGCCAGAAGAGUUCCACUGCCAUCCAUGGAGUUUUAUCAUACCCAGCAAAUAAAGCUGGAUUUUGC